AUGUCCCGCCUGCUGCACGCACAAGAGUGGGCUGAAGUGAAGGAGCUGGGGGACCACCACCGCCAUCCCCAGCCGCACCACGUCCCGCAGCCGCCGCCAUCACAGCCACCUGCGACCCUGCAGACGAGAGAGCAUCCUGUCUAUCCGGCCGAGCUGUCCCUCCUGGACAGCACCGACCCACGCGCCUGGCUGGCUCCCACUUUGCAGGGCAUCUGCACGGCACGCGCCGCCCAGUACCUGCUCCAUUCCCCAGAGCUGGGUGCCUCCGAGGCCGCGGCGCCCCGGGACGAGGCGGACGGCCGGGGAGAGCUGGUGAGAAGGAGCGGCGGCAGUGGCAGCAGCAAGAGCCCGGGGCCGGUGAAAGUGCGGGAACAGCUGUGCAAGCUGAAAGGCGGGGUGGUGGCAGACGAGCUGGGCUGCAGCCGCCAGCGCGCCCCUUCCAGCAAACAGGUGAACGGGGUGCAGAAGCAAAGGAGGCUGGCGGCCAACGCCCGGGAGCGACGCAGGAUGCACGGGUUGAACCACGCCUUCGACCAGCUUCGCAACGUUAUCCCGUCCUUCAACAACGACAAGAAGCUGUCCAAGUACGAGACCCUGCAGAUGGCCCAGAUCUACAUUAACGCCUUGUCCGAGCUGCUUCAAACGCCCAGCGGCGGGGACCAGCCGCCGCCGCCGCCGGCAUCAUGCAAGAGCGGACACCACCAACUUCGCGCCGCCGUCCCCUACGAAGCAGGCGCGGGCACCGCGACCGCGGCGGGGACGCCGCCAGCCUCGGGAGGCGGGCAGCGGCCGACCCCGCCCGGAAGCUGCCGGACUCGCUUUUCGGCCCCGGCCUCCGCCGGAGGAUACUCGAUGCAGCUGGAAGCCCUGCACUUCUCGACUUUCGAGGACAGCGCCCUGACGGCGAUGAUGGCGCAAAAGAACUUGUCGCCUGCGCUGCCUGGGGCCAUCCUGCAGCCAGUGCAGGAAGAAAGUAGCAAAACGUCGCCGCGGUCCCACAGAAGCGACGGAGAGUUUUCCCCCCAUUCCCAUUACAGUGACUCGGAUGAGGCGAGUUAG